GCGGAGAGGAGCGGUGCGCUUCUGAAGUAGCACGCAGUGAAGAAAAAGGAAAUAUCAGGGUCUGGACACAGUUUGCCAGGAAGUUUUGGCAUAGAUUGUAUGUGUCUAAUUUUCGAGGAUGUUUUCACUCGGGGAAACAAUGGAGUUUCUAAUAGGAAGCCCCUUUUCGACGCCCGUGGGUCAGAGAAUCGAGCGGGCCACCAGUGGCGUCCUGCAGUCGGAGGACUGGGGUCUCAACAUGGAGAUUUGUGACAUCAUCAAUGAGACGGACGAGGGGCCCAGAGAUGCAGUCAAAGCAAUUAAGAAGAGAAUCGUAGGGAACAAGAACUUCAGAGAGAUCAUGUUAGCCCUUACUGUUCUUGAGGCUUGUGUGAAGAACUGUGGCCACCGCUUCCAUGUACUGGUGGCCUCCCAGGAGUUUGUUGAAGGGGUUCUGGUCCGAUCCAUCCUGCCCAAAUUUAAUCCUCCUGCUGCGCUUCAUGACAGGGUGCUCAGUCUCAUACAGUCAUGGGCUGAUGCAUUUCGUAACUCUCCUUCUCUGGCGGGGGUGGUGUGUGUGUAUGAGGACCUGAGGAGGCGAGGCCUGGAGUUCCCGAUGACGGAUCUGGACGCUCUCUCGCCCAUCCACACUCCACAUAGGAGCAUUCCAGAAAACGGAUCUCCUGAGGCGGCCACCGUCACAGCCACUACACGUCCAUCCCAGCCGCAAGCUCCCUCCCAUGCCCCCACUCAGAGCACUUCGCCGCCCAUCCAGCCUGGUGAGGGGCCCGUCUCCGUCUCCCCUGAGCAGGAGCAGAAGCUGCGAAGCGAGCUGGCGCUGGUGAAAGGAAACCUCAGUGUGAUGUCUGAGAUGCUGAACCAGCUCACGCCCGGACAAAGCCAGCAGGACGAUGCAGAGCUGCUGCAGCAGUUAUACUCGGUGUGCAAGAGCAUGCAGGCCCGCGUGGUGGAGCUCAUCCCCCAACUGCUGAACGAGGGCUUCAUCGAAGAGCUGCUCAUGGUCAACGAUGACCUCAACAACGCCUUCAUCCGCUAUGAAAGGUUUGAGAGACUUAAUAAGGCACAAAGUACAACCACUGAGCAGCUGAGCUCUGCCAGCAACUCUGACCUCAUCGACCUCAGCCCUGCGCCUCAGGCUCUCAGCCAACCAGCAGUCAUCAGUACCACCAGCCAACCAGCAGUCAGCGCUCAGGCCAAUCAGAGGCAAGCGGCCAACCACACUGUAGCAGAGGAGGAAGAGUUUGACAUGUUUGCCCAGACCAGAGGCAGCUCGCUGGCUGAGCAGAGGAAAAGUGUCAGGUAUGAGGACCCGCGAGCUGUGGAGGGACUGGCCGGAGCCCUAGACUCCAGGUUGCAGGUGACAGGAGUGAUGCCUUCAACAAAAAACUCUACACUGGAAAAUAUUGACAGAUGGUUAUCCUCUGAUACGCAAGAGCAAUCUGCAGUUUGUGAGGGAGUGUCCAGUGAAGACUUCGACAUGUUUCUGGAGGAGAGGACGAAGGUGGCAGAGCACAGCGGCCAGACGGCUCGCAGCACGCCGAGCUCCACGUCCAGACUGCCGCCACAAUCCGCCCGGCAACAAGAAACCUCUCAUGACCAGCUCUUUUCUCUCUGAGUUUGGGAAGGCUCAAAAAAGAGCGGGGUGAAUUUAAAGGUCAACAUACAUUUGCCAUAUCGUAGGAAUUAAACUGUUUUUGUCCCAAGUCAGGUUUCUCUAAAAGUGCCUUUGGUGCCUUGUGAUCGCUCUCUUUGACCAAAAUGAAGUCGAAUCGUGCCACUCAUCUUCAAAUAAUAUACAUUAUACGUGGUACCUUGUACUGCA